AUGAAAAGCAAAAGAGAUGCAAAUGCGAAUGAGAAGAAGCCAAUGCGGCGGUUUAUCAAUGGGAAAGUGUGCCCGCCUCCGUUGAUGUUCUCACAAGACAGCCGCCACCAUUUGGGUUAUCACAGUUUUUCCCGGGAAAUGUGGUGCGCUUGUCGUCGACACGCGCCAUGUCCGAAGGUCAAAAGAGUCGUUAUUGAUAAAAUGAACGGUAUCGAGGAUGAUAAAUCAUUCCAGGAUUGGUAUCGUCUUCUUGUAGAAGAGAGAUCUAUGUCACUUUCUAAUUUCAUGGAAGCCAAAAGAAAUGGAAUGCUGUCCGAUUUCCCAGAAAAACGAGAGCAAACUAUUGAAGGAAUCAUUGAAGUGAUAAGCAAGUUUCCAUAUGAUUUCCUACAGAAAGAAGAAGUAUCUCUCCUCUUGAACUACUUUCUCAAUUCUAUCGAGUCCUCAGCCUUAACUGGAGGCGCUGUAAUUCGUGGAGUUCAUCAUUUGGUGUUGAAGUCAAAGAAUCUUCCGGAUAAUUUGGAAGUUUCACUUAUUCGAAUUUUGUUCAAAGAAGGAAAUAUGCAAAGUUGGUCUCAAAAAGAACGUCAACUACAGUACGAUAUUCUGAUCUGGUUGUUGAAAAAUAAAAUUUCUUACCUAAAAGCUUUGGGUUCCGACUUCCUGGCUACAUUUAUGAAAAGUGUAUCCGGAGAACGAGAUCCAAGAUGUUUAGUGCACAUGUUCUCGGCGUUCCUUGAAGUUUCCAGCAACAUAGCGUUGGGUCCAUUCACAGAAGACAUGUUUGAGACGAUUGCUUGCUAUUUCCCAGUCGAGUUUAAACCGCAAAAAGGAGACACAAUCACAAGAGAAUAUCUUGCUGCAUCGUGUGCUUCUUGUCUGGUCUCAUCUCCUUCUUUCGCUCCUUUCUGUUUUUUGUUCAUUGAUGAGAAACUGAACGACGAUGAUUGUUCCGAUGAAGAAUACAGAGACGUCCUGAAUCUUCUGAUAAUCGCAUGUGAUAGGUUUCCAGCACAGAAAAAUCUGUCACUUCUGGAACCUCUGAUCGACGGAGUACGGAAAGUUGGACUGAAUCCGAAAAAUAAAGGAGAAAUGCUGCCUUAUGUGGCUGAGUCAUUCGAAGCAUUAGUCAGAAUGUGUGUACGAUCAUCAGAAAAUAAUCAACGAGCUAUCGAGGCAGUUGUUAGUAACAUUAUUGAAAAUUCUGAGCCUUUUGUACUUCAAGCUGAAAUGGGUCUCUGUAAAAAGGCAUUACAUCUUUUAAGAAGUGCUUUCCAUUCGUUGCCCUCGAACCAUGCGAAACAAAUUCUCAAUCAGGUUAUCGCCUGGAUUCUCAAUUUGAUUCACGGAGAUAGCGUCAACGCUGCCGGUAACAAGGCAGAUAUUGUACAGGAAGGACUAGAAUAUCUCAUUAACUGGAUUCAUUUAGCUUCUGCUAACAAGGGUCUGUCUAUUGACACACUGAAAGUUUUCGAGCAGAGCAUAAUCGAAUCGUGUUCGAGAGCAAGGGAAUAUAAGCCUCAAGAAGCUUUAACAUCUAUCUAUGAGUGUGCAUCAACUUACGUGCAGCUUGAGUGUGCAUCGGAUGAUCUGGUGUCUCAGUGUCGAAGCUACAUUGCUCUUGCCCUUAGAACGCCAAUUAACACAGAUGUCCAGCUUCGAAGCCUUCUAAAACUGAUACGGAAUUAUACAUCAAGAUAUUUCGAUCAAGUUCAGAUAGUUCUAAACGACAACGCGAUCAGUACAUGGAAUUCGGAAAAAGUUCUUCCAAUUCUUUGUGCAAUGAGUUCAUCUCAAGAUGCAUGGAGUUUGCUGAGAAAUCAUGUAAUAGCGGAACUGAAAAAUAGAAUGAACAAUUCCACAGCAGAGGGAUCAAUGGAUUGUUAUGUGGAACUGAUGAGAGCAUGCACUGACAAUGAGCAACUAUUUAUGGAUUACUUUGAAACAUUCGAGAGCGUUUAUUCCAAGGUGGAUUGCGAUGAUCCCGAAAGAGUAGCAAUGGUUUUGCAAACUGCUUCUCUAUUGCUCCCAGAAGAAGAACACCAAAAGUUUAUGAAUAAAAUUGCGUCACAAUAUUCGAUUUUGGCAGAAGUAGAAUCUCAACUCUUACUGUUUGAUAAGAAAUACAUCCUAUCUUACCUACAAAAUAAGAGUAUUCAAGAUCUUCAAAAAGUUUCCGAAUUCAGUUUGCCCGAAAGAUCCACUAGACAGCUAUUUUUUGCAUGUGUCAACAGAUUUAAUCUCGAUGACAAGAUGAACAUUCCUGAAAAGUAUCAUCUAGCUGAAGUGAAAGCGAAACUUCUGAGAAAUGCUCCAUUUUGUUUGAACCUUUAUGAAGGGCUUCUGGACAAGAUUGCGUCAGAUGAUACUGUGAAUGCGAGCUCAUCUUUCGAGUACUUUUUGGAUUUCGAGAGCUCAGAUUGUAAUCCAGAAAAGUGUCGAUAUGAAACAGGAAGUCCACUUUGGAGACAACGGAUUUUCUGCCAAAUUGUGCCGAUUUUUAAGAAAAAGUUUGAAGAAUCAGGAAAGAAAAAGCAUAGACUCGUCGAAAUGCUUCCACAUCUUUUGCAGUUCGCCGUCCCAUUGGAUUCGGAACAAUUGAAGAAACAGUAUGCAAUGUUGCUUCCUGUGGUGAUUCAAACAAUCAGUAUCGAAGGUGUGAUUCCUAGUCAUGUCACUCGUACCAUUCCAAUGUUCCUGAAUAUUUCGGAACCCCUUCAGAUGGAUGAUUUGCGUACAGUUGUAAAAUAUUUAUGCGCGAUUGUCAAGAAUGGAGAAUCUAAUAUGUCUAACUUGGAGGAUGCGUUGAAUGGUUUGAACAUUCUGGCGCGUCGACAGCCACCGAAGUUGUUGCAUUCUGAAGUGCCACUUGUGGUCACGUCAAUCAACAAAAUCCUAGGUCACAGGAAAAGGUUGUUACGAAUGAUGGCCGCUGAUGUGAAAAACAAUUGUCGACAUAGAAUGAGGAUCCUCUUAACGAUCUCACUAUCAGUUCUAGAUAACUACAGUAAACCCCAAAAUUGGAAACAACACCACUAUAUGCAAAACCGGAGCUGUAGAAGAGCCACGGCUGAACUACAGUAA